AUGGCCGAUACACAGCGCGUAUUGUCUGGCGGACGCGCCAGCACAGCAGCGCGCUCCGAUGUAAAGGUGCAUCAGAUUGGUAUUGGAUUGACAGUCUUGUCGCUCCUGUUCUUUGUUUCUUCGCUGCUGAGCUCAUUGGCGGGUGUUCCCGGAGGCAGUGUGUCCUACGACCGCGUUAUGAGCACAGGAGAGUGUGACAGUUUUUCAAAACCUGGCUUUGUCGACCACUUGCCGUUUCCUGUCUGGCAGCCGCUUGACGAGUCGUGCGAGGCGUCAAAAUUACUGAGCGACUUUUUGUCGUCCGUGCCCAUUCCUUCGACAAGCCCCGUGGUUUCGCUGCGCUCGAACUCUGUGUCUGAGACGCGCCGUGAAGAGCUUCAACAAGUGCUUGCGAAUAAGACGGUGCUACUUGUGGGCGAUGUUGUAGACCGUACAUUGCUCGAGAGCGUCUGCACAAUGUUGGGUCGCUCUGCCGAGCCAGUCACCAGCGGACACGUGUGGGGCCAGUCACUUAAUACCUACGCUUUUGGAGGCCAUCCGCCCGCGGACACAACGCUUGGACACUACUGCUACGAGCCGACCUACGACAUUUUACUGAGCACGUUUUACCACUUUGGCACAGACAUUCACGACAUAUGGCGUCAGCAGCCAGAGUAUGCGCCGCCCACACUUUUUGAAACGCGCAUGUCUUAUCUGUUGAAGCCGUACUUGGAAGCGAUGAAUUCGCCAAUGCCAUUAAUUCCGGAUAUGCGCCGCCGCACUGCACCCGACAUGGUCAUCUUCUCCUCCAGCCUCUGGGACCUGGCCAUGUGGGCCAUGGAAGACGAACGUGAGAACAGGCCGGCCUACUCGGAUCUCAGUCCCGCAAGACUCAAGCUUUGGCGCUCGCGUAUGGUUGAUAUGACUGAAUCUCUUCGAGCAACCGUGGGCCGGCAUGUGCCCAUUUACUGGCGCAGCACGCCGAUUGCAUCUACUACACAGCACGACAUGGCCGACGGGCUUUUGCGGAGCAUUCGCGCUGAAUUUAAGCCAAAAGAGGAAGCGAAUAAGCACAAGUUUGUGUUUGCCAACCGCGUCGCGCAACUCAACAAUGCGCGCAUUUCCAUGCUUUCUUUGGACGGCAAAGACUCUAUCCGCGGUACAAACAGCAACAUACUGUGGACGAGCCGUUCGCACCUUCAACUGCGCAACAUGCCAUUUGCCGAGAUUACAUUGGGCCAGGAUGCACGACUGGUCAGCUACUUUACGCAAACCAUUGAUCCCCACGCUCUUCUGUUUUGGGACAUGGCGUUUGCUGCGCUUGCCAACUCAUAG